AUGAUGAAAACUGAAGAAGGUUCAGGUGAUAGGAAAUAUUUUGGGGUAAACAUUUUUUCCUAUCAAGAUUCUGUGUUUAUGGUCAUGAAAGGGCAAGAGUAUCAAUUAGUUAGAAUAAUAAUGACAUUCAAGACCUUAGAUUUCUCAAACAAAAAGUUUCGAGGAGAGAUUCCUGACGUCAUUGGCAAGCUUACUUAUCUCAAAGGUCUCAACAUUUCACAUAACAGCAUUGGAGUUGGCAUCCCGUUGUCGUUGGGAAAUUUGAGAAAUCUUGAAUGGUUAGACCUAUCUUUGAGCAAGCUUACAGGGAAGAUUCCAGAACAAUUGACAGGGUUGUGUGGAUUUCCAUUAUCAAAAACUUGUGGUAGUAAUGACGCUCCACCACAAUCACAACCAUUGCCUGGUGAAGAGGAUGAUUCUAGAAGUGAUUUUGAUUGGAAGAUCAUAAUGAUGGGUUACAGUUCUGGACUGGUUCUGGGAUUGUCUUUGGGAUAUAUCAUGUUCGUAACAGGAAAACCAGAAUGGUUAGUGAGGCUCAUUGAAGGAAGCUGGCUUAAGCAGGGAACCAAAGAAGCUUAUUGGAUUGGAAUAGAGAGGAAGCCAUUUUCAGCAGAAAGAAGCUGUGUCAAAAUUACUUUGGCUUUGUUCUGUCAAAAAGAGAAAUCCUUUUCUAUAUGA